AUGGCAGCCACAGAAACAGAAUCCCCUCAAUUGGCGGAAGUGGAUAACGCGGCCACUUCUAGCAAGCGGAAGGCCGAUGUCGAGGAAAUCGAAGUCGAUGUAAACGCACCAGAGCCACCUUCUAAACGAGCGCGCCGUGCUCUCAAAAAGGGAAAGUCAUUGCCGACCAAGCCCUCAAGCGACGACGAGAAAGAGGAUAAAGACGAACAAAAGGAUGGCAAGGACAAGGUCCGAUCCGAGCAUGGAGUUUGGAUUGGCAACUUGCCGUUCAGGCUGACCGGAGCGGAGCUUCGCGCAUGGUUAAUAGACAACGCUGGAGGCGUCAUCACCGAGGAAUCGAUUACGAGGGUGAAGCUGCCUACAGUAAAGGACGCUAACCGACGCAAGGAUGAGAAGCCUGCGAACAAGGGAUUUGCCUACGUGGACUUUGUGGAUAUCGGCGCCAAGGUUGCAGCCAUUGCGCUCUCAGAGACAGAGUUGACUGGUCGCAAGCUGCUCAUCAAGGACGCCAAGUCAUUCGAGGGCCGCCCCGCUAAAGAGAAGGAGCCCGAGGCUACGGCCGGAAAGGCAGAAGGGAAAUCAGAUGCAAAGGCCGAUCAGCGCCUAGAGGCAAACACCAGCCGAAAAGUGUUCGUGGGCAACCUCAGCUUCAAGACGACCGAAGACGACUUGAUCAGAAACUUUGAAAAGUGCGGAGAGAUUGAGUGGGCCAAGCUAGCUACGUUUGAAGACUCUGGAAAAUGCAAAGGAUACGGCUGGGUCAAGUUCAAGGAGCCCGAGGCCGCCGCGUGGGCCGUCAAGGGCUUUGUCAAGAUCAAGGAACAGGUGGAAACCGAAGACGACUUCCGCGAUGACAAGAGCGACAACGAGGCGGAAGAUGAGGAAAAGGAAAAGGAAAAGUCAAACCAGAAGCAGUUCAAGACUCGAAAGUGGUGGGUAAACCGCAUGCUGGGUCGGGAGCUGAAGCUCGAGUUGGCCGAGGAUGACCGGGUGCGAUAUAAGAAGAGGUUCGGCAAGGAUGCUCCCAAGAGGGCAGACGACACGUCAAGGCCUCCCAGGAGAAGCAGGCCAGACGAGAGAGACGACAGCAGGGGAGUCAAAUCAUCAGAGCCUGCGCCAUUCAAGGCCGCAGAGGACAUUGCUGUCGCUCGUCUUACGGGUGGCUUGGUCCAGCAUACGGGAACCAAGGUUACAUUGGAUCAAGCCCUCUCCCAGUUCCGGUCCUCUCCCUUAUCCUCCACCAUCACCUACACCCUGCAUUUUGAACCCUACCAGCUCAGUCCAAGUUUCCCGCCUGGAUCAAUCGACAAGAAACAAUGGUACUUUGAGCACAAACACAAGGGCAGCGUCGAUGCAGAGGACGCCUUCCAGUCGCAGUUGCGCAGACGCGCCGAGCCGGUGGGCAUCGAGCUGAGAUUUGACGGCGUCAUGGGAAACACGCUUCACGCACACCGUGUGAUUCAAUAUUUCCAGCAAUCCAAGGGCCCUGAGACGGUGAAUAAGCUUAUUGAUGCUCUGUAUGUGCGGUACUUUGAGCAAGGGCUGCAUCCUUCCGAGGAUGACGUCCUCGUAGAAUCCUGCGUAGAGGCGGGGAUUCCGGAGGAUGAAGCGAUGGAAGUUGUUCUGGAUAAGGAGCUAGGUCUGGGUGAGGUGCAGACCAGGUUGAAUGAGAUUAAGAGGGAUGUAGAUGCGGUUCCAGUGAUUACGUUUGAAGGGAAGAAGAGGGAUAUUACACUGAUAGGGUCAAAGGAGGUGGAGGAGUAUCUGAAGGUGUUGGAUAGGAUUGCUAGGGAGAGCACUUGA